CUCCUUUGCUUCGUGAACAGCAGUUUUUUGUGUACGUUCUGUGAGUGUGAGUGUGUGUUUGGUUUGUGUGUGUGUGUGCACAGUGUAUUCAGAUCCAAGAAGGAGACAGUGUGGUUUGAUGCCACUGCAAUGGUUUUUGAGCAUGAUAUGAUGUGAAAUUUCCACAGGUUAAUUGUUAAAAAAUCGUCGAGAUGGCCAAAAAAAUCAUUUUGAGAGUCCAGUCAUCAGAAGGGACAAAAAGAGUGGAAGUAGAUCCCUCUGACACCUCUGUGAAACUUUUCGAAAAAGUUCAAGAAGGGUUUGGAUUGCCGAACUAUUCCUUUACUUUGCACAAAGACAAAACAAGGAAAGAAGAGAUAACAUCUUCAAGAAGUCACUGUGUAAGUGAGUUGGGUCUGAAUCAUGGGGACACCGUAUUCUUGUCAGCUCUGAAUAGUGGCAAUCUGUGGAGCUGUCCCGAUCCGAGCCUGCCAAGCACCUCUGGCACAAAUCAUGUAAAAAAUUCUUCUUCAGGUGAAAACUUAGGUAAUGUUGGAGCAAGCUUAUCAGCCUCCAUGUUGGUUCGAAACACCAAUGGUGUAGUAGAAGACGAUGUAGAUUUGCAGUUAUGGAAAAUGGACGGCAAAGUAAAGCGAAAGCGGGAUGAAAAGUUUUGUCAUCAUGGAAGUAACGCUUGCUGCGUUCAUUGUUCGCCUUUGGAACCUUUUGACGAAUCGUACUUAGCAGAACAGCAGGUUAAACACAUGUCUUUCCAUGCUUACUUGAGGAAAUUAACUGCUGGUGUUGAUCGAGGGAAAUUUGCUUGUCUGGAGGAGGUUAAUUGUCGUAUAAAACCUGGCUGCAAAGGACAUCCACCAUGGCCUCGUGGAAUAUGCUCUAAAUGUCAACCAAGUGCUGUGACAUUGAACAGACAGGCAUAUAGGCACGUAGACAAUGUUCAGUUUGAGAAUCCUCAUUUAGUCGAGCGGUUUUUAAAUUAUUGGCGGACAACAGGACAUCAACGAAUUGGCUUUUUAUAUGGUCAUUACGAAGUACACACAGAUGUUCCCUUAGGCAUCAGAGCUACUGUUGCUGUGAUCUACGAGCCUCCUCAGGAAAGCACCAGAGAUAAAGUUGUCCUAUGUCCAGAUGAGAAAGAGCCUUUGGUUGAUGAGUUAGCAAAGCAAUUAGGUUUGCGAAAAGUUGGUUGGAUUUUUACUGAUCUGCUGGCAGAUGAUUUACAAAAAGGAACUGUUAAACAUGUUCGUAAUAUAGAUAGCCAUUUUUUAACUGCUCAAGAAUGCAUAAUGGCAGGUCAUUUUCAGAACUUGCAUCCAAAUCCCUGCAGAUUCUCACCUAGUGGCUAUUUCGGAUCUAAGUUUGUCACAGUUUGCGUUACUGGUGAUUCAAAUAACCAAGUUUUUAUGGAAGGGUAUGGUGUUUCAAAUCAGUGCACAGCUCUAGUGCGGCACAAUUGUCUUGUUCCAACCAAGGAUGCUCCAGAACUGGGCUUUAUUCGAGAAUCUUCUAAUGAGCAGUAUGUUCCAGAUGUCUACUACAAGUUGAAAGAUAGUUAUGGGAAUGAAGUUUCAAAACUGGCAAGGCCACUUCCUGUUGAGUAUCUACUGGUGGAUGUUCCCGUUUCUACUCCACGAGUACCCCAGUUCACAUUCACUGCCGAUCCUGCAAUCACGCCCUUCCCAGUUGGAAACAGGAUGAUUGAUGAGCAUCUCCAAGAUUUUAGUGCUUUGUCACGCUACCUUUCUCAAUUUUCCCGAAAAGAUUUUCUUGCUGCAGUGUCGGACUUUCACUUUUUGUUGUAUGUAGCAACCAUGGACAUGCUUCCUAUGAAGGAUUUCAUGGGUCCAUUAUUAGAAGCAAUUCGUGAUAAAAAUAAUGAGAAAGCUAUUGAAUGGUCGCAAUCAGAAAAUUGGGCGACUCUGGAGCAAGUAAUUUCCGCAAGUCGAGGAGACACAAGUGCAAAUACCAGUUUUACAUCGAAUAACACCCAAGAACCAAACACUUCAACAAAUGCAUCAGAUGUCCAUCCUGACCCAUCGGGUGAAGCCCAAUGGACUUGUCCGUACUGCACUUUUCUCAACUUACCUCAUCUUGUUAAUUGUGAAAUGUGUAACCUACCGCGGUAAUAAUUGUGGUUGCUGCCCAGGAAAAAAAGUAUCGCUUUACCUUUAAGAUUGGCGUUGCGUCAUUUCUUCUUUGUUGCUUGAGUCUUGUCUGCAAAUUGCUCAGGUUUGAAGGAUGGCGCACCCGGGUUUAAGUCUGUCCAAAUUUGAGCUCUAGGUCUUGAAUUUCUCUAAGUCUCCAUGUCCACUCAAAUCAAAAUCCUUUGUGAGUUUCAGAAGUUGAUACUUUCUGGUCUGAAGCAAAUUGUAGACUCAAUCCAAGCACCAAAGUAUUAAAAUCUUCUGUCCCCUUGUUUCCAUUGUCGUUGUUUCUCAACGAAUUUUCUAUACUGAUAGAAGUUUUAUGUAAUAGCCUCUUUGAUGACUCUGUGAAGUUUUUCUUGUUUUUAAUGAUUUUUUUUAAAAAAAAUCCAAUCUCUAGGUUAACAAAGUUUUUUAUUUUUAUCCUUCCAUCUGCAAGUUUUUACAAGGAACUUAAAGUUUUAGAUCAGCAACUGUAAAGACUUUGUCAAAGUAUGUUUGCAUUUUCUCCCUCAAGGUUGGAAGGGACGAAGAAGCUAAUAAAAUUUUGUUUUAACACCGAA